GCCAAGGACUCCACAGACACACCAAAUCAGUCGCUGAGAGACACCCGGCACCUAGCUUCUGUUCUCUGCCUUUGACACUCGGACUUCCUGCAUAAUGUGUAAAGGGCUCUCGGCUCUGCCAGCAACAUGCUUGAAAAGCGCGAAGGAUAUGAAGCAUCGCAUCGGCUUCCUGCUUCACAAAGCCGACCUUCACUCUGAUCAGGGAGCAGGCAACAGUAAAGAGAGAGAUUCAGCCCCAAGGAGUGUUCCGGCUGAAGUUGGAAAAUGGAAGGAGUCACUGAACAACUUGGUGAAUGACAGCGUCGGCCUUCCAGCUUUUGCCACCUUCCUGAAGACUGAGUUCAGCGAGGAGAAUAUCGAGUUCUGGAUGGCGUGUGAGGACUACAAAAAGAUAGCAUCCCAAGAAAGUCUUGCAGCCAAGGCCAAUGACAUUUAUGACAAAUAUGUUGCUGUCAAUUCUCCACGUGAGGUCAACCUGGAUUCUGCAACCAGAGAGGAGACCAGAAAAAACCUGCAGAAUGCUGCUCCCUCCUGCUUUGAGGAAGCCCAGAGGAAGAUCUUCCUCCUCAUGGAGAAGGAUUCCUACAGACGGUUCCUGAAUUCAAAGCUCUUCCUGGAUAUGGCACAGUCAGCCAGGAAUGGCUUCCCUUGUGGUGUCGAGAAGAGGCGGAGAGGGACCGCCUGCAACCUCGGCCAGAUCUUGCCACAGCUUGUCUAGGGCAGUGUGUCCCACUCCGAUCCUCAGGGGCCCACAGCUGAUCCAUGUUUUUGCUGCCUCCAAGAUCCCUGUCAGUUAGUCCAUGUUUUUGCUCCCUACUAGGAGCUGGGAGAGAGCGAAAACAUGAGCUGUCUGUGGGUCCCCAAGGACUAGACUGACUGAGUGUAUUUACGUGCCUGUUCAGAUCUCUGUGUCUGGUGUAGCAGCAGGCCUGAAAAGCAGUAGAGAUGCGAAAAGUAGGAAUAUCAAGAUUUCUUUUUAUCACCGUGUGGCUAUAUGAGAAAACAAAUACAGAAAAAUUUGCUAUCUAAAAAUGCCUAAUAUUAUUUGUCUUAGAGUAUCGUAGCUGUGUUAUACAAGUGAGAUUAGGACAAGACAGGAGUAGCACAAUUCUGUAUCAUUCUAGCUAUUCUUGUUUGUUCUUGUGUAUCAUUCCAGUACUAAUAUGGCGCUAAUUUAUAUUUAAACGCUUUUUCAUUAUAUUUAAUAAUGAAACCUAAUACAUUUUACAUUCUGGAUCAUUUUAGCAAUACCUUCAAAGAAUCUAUGUGCGAGAACUGACCUUAGUUACCAUUUACACUAAGCUGCAACUGUUAAAAUAUAACAAACAAUUAUUGGAUAAAAAUAUUAUCAUUUUAUUUUCUUGUUUCGUAUUCUGCAUCCCCUGUUUUGCAAGCUCAAAGGUGCCUUUGUUGAUAAUUAAAUUUACACAUCAGACACUGAGUCGGUGCCACAUUCUGCAGAACUACCUCUUAUUCCGUUACUUGUUUUGCCACUUGUCUCUGUUUACAGUUAAUAUUCCAGUUACACUGCAUUGGAAUAAAAAGAUGGAAGGCAGCGGUGUGGUCGUGAGAUGGCCUUGUACUGGAGCGUGUUCUGUGCAUUUUUGCUGCUGUGUGUCUGGGCCUCGGAGAGUCACACGAUUCCCCCUUUGAGCAGUACCAAGCUUCUCUUUGUGGUCAGAACAUCACAUGGGAUUUUUUUUCCUGUUCUCUCUCAUAUUUGACAGGCUGUCAUUCCUAUUAUGAAUCUUCCCCUCUGGACAUUCUCUCGGUGAACAGUGAUAAAAGAUAGUCUCAUCAUAUAAUCUGCCUUUUGUAGCCUUUGUCGAUAUUCCUAUCGGACUGUAAGCAUGGUGUGUCCUGUGUCUGUGCUUAUUGCGAGAUACGUUAUUCACAUUGUUUUGAAAUAUUGCCGCAAUCCGUCUAUUUGCUUUAUAUAGCCUAUGGAAAUCUCAGGCAGACACAUUCACUGUAAUCACUUUGUUAUCAAUGAACACUGAACAUCUGAUUGUAUUAUUUAUAGACAUUUAUUUCUUGUAAACUGUACAUCACAACCGUUAUUAUUUAUUGCAUCAUUUUUAGUACAGUUUCUUUUGAUGGCUUCUAUAUAUUUUUUUUAUUUUACUGUUAUUACAGUCUUUUGUUACUUAUGUCUGGAAUAAAACCGUA